AUACCUGCGAACCAUAAAAAAAAAGAUAGGCAGAAAACAGGAAUUAAAAACAAAGAGGAGGAGAGAAGGGUAGGGGGGAAAAAAAUGCAAUCUCCCUGUAUGAGAGAAGCCUCUCAAGCAUGCUUUCAUGGAUGCUGUCCAACUCCUUUCCUGGGUUUAACUGAGGCCCCACAUCCCAAGACCAUUACCAGCGCUGCCGCCUCUCGCUACGAUUUUGCUACUGCCACAGCUUCAUCUCUCUUCCCAAACACCCAAUUCACCAAUCAUGAAUCUCUACCUUCCUUACAUGAAGCCUUCUCCAAUUUCACCAAAGCCUAUCCACACUACACCGAUACCGAUCGGGCAGAUAACAUCAGAGCCCAUGAAUACUACCACCUCUCUCUCUCCAACCGCGUCUGCCUUGAUUAUGUUGGCUUUGGCCUCUUCUCCCAUUCACAACAUCAGUCUUCUGUAGCCUCUUCCUCUAAUUUUCCUCCUUCAGCUCCUUCCCCAUCGGAAUUCUCCUUCUUCAAUAUCUCCUACAAGUCUGCCAGUCUGCAUUCUCAGGUUCUUUAUGGAAGCCAAGAAACAGAGUUGGAAUCUUCGAUCAGGAAAAGAAUCAUGGGUUUUCUCAAUAUAUCCGACAAUGAUUACCGGAUGGUAUGUACUGCCAACCGGGCGUCUGCUUUCAAGCUGCUGGCGGAAUCGUAUCCGUUCCAAUCCAAUCAGAGGCUGCUGACGGUUUACGAUUACGAAAGCGAGGCGGUCAGUGGAAUGAUCGAGAAUUCCCGUAAGAGGGGAGCAAGAAUCAUGUCAGCCAACUUCUCGUGGCCUAGUUUGAGAAUCCAUUCAGCGAAAUUGAGGAAGAUGCUGGUGAGUAAGAGGAAGAAGAGAAAGGGGCUGUUCGUAUUCCCACUUCAAUCAAGGAUGACUGGGACCAGGUAUUCUUAUCUAUGGAUGAGCUUGGCACAGGAAAAUGGGUGGCAAGUGUUGUUGGAUGCCUGUGCAUUGGGACCCAAGGACAUGGAUACUUUGGGCCUCUCCCUUUUCAGGCCGGAUUUUCUAAUCUGCUCUUUCUUCAAGGUUUUUGGAGAAAACCCAUCUGGGUUUGGGUGCCUGUUCGUAAAAAGAUCCAGCAUUUCAGUCUUGGAAACAUCGACAAUCGCCAGAAGCAUUGGAAUUGUGGGUAUCGUUCCAGCAAAGCUGUCUCAGCCACCAGAUGAUGAUUCCAUUACAGACACAGAGACCCAAAUCUCAAAACUCCAGUUGCAGGAGGAUGUAGCAAUGACAUGCUCAUUUUCUGGUCGAAUAUCUCGUCAGGUGAGUAAUGGACUCAUUGAGAGAUCUUCCUCAAGUGAGAGACGAUUUGAACGGGGUGAAACUUCUGAAUUAUAUGAAACAGAAGUUAACAUGAAACAAAAGGAAUCAUUACAGUCCGAAAUAGUGGAAUUAGAGAAAACUGAUUCAGUUCUGUCAGGGAACACAGAUUCGGUUAAACCAGGGACCAGCGAAGCCAAACUCGAUGAAAUGGAUCAGACAGCAGAAAUCGAGUGCAAAGGUUUGGAUCAUGCGGAUUCUUUGGGACUUCUGCUCAUCAGUAGUAGAGUAAGAUUUCUGACAAAUUGGCUAGUAAACGCAUUGACAAAACUGCGGCAUCCAAAUUCAGAGAAGGGGCUUCCCUUGAUCAGAAUUUACGGUCCAAAAGUAAAAUUCGAUAGGGGACCUGCAGUGGCAUUCAAUGUGUUUGAUUGGAAGGGAGAGAAGGUCGAACCAGCACUAGUGCAGAAGCUUGCUGAUAGGAACAACAUCUCUCUAAGUUAUGGCUUCCUACACAACAUCUUGUUUUCAGACAAGUAUGAAGAUGACAAGGAGAAAGUCUUGGAGACGAGGACCCCCGAAGUAGCCAUUGGUGGGAAUAGAAUGAAAGAGAAAGUUGCCUCCGGUAUAUCAGUGGUAACUGCCGCAAUUGGGUUUCUCGCAAAUUUUGAAGAUACUUACCGGCUUUGGGCUUUUGUAGCCAAGUUCUUGGAUGCAGACUUUGUGGAGAAGGAGAAAUGGAGAUACAUGGCUCUUAAUCAGGAGAUGAUCGAAAUCUAAGGUUGCAUUUGGAGAAAAACACGGGGGCUGGCCACUCACCAUUCAUUACGAGUGAGUAGCCUUCAAAAUACCAUCAAGGUUGUU